AUGGACGCGACUCCACUGAAGCGCUCCUCCGAUGACGCUGGCCUGGAGUCGCCCCGAGAGAAGACACGCUCGGUGCCAAAGAUCUCCAAAGCUCGUGCCUGCGCCGAAUGUAAGCGCCACAAGAUUCGCUGCGAAUUCCGACCAGGCGAGACUACAUGCACAAAAUGUAUUCGCAGCGGUAUCAAAUGCGUCGUCAAUGACUUCUCGCAGAAGUUCGUCGACGACGAUGGCAUUUGGAAAUCCCAGGCAAAUGCGACAAUGCACCAGCUGCAGGCAGCGGUGUCGCAUCUGCUGCGCCAGAAUGGGUUGCCGGAGCUCUCAACCUACGCGCCCGGGGACACUUUCAACGGACCCAGUCCCGCGGCAUCGCAUCACACCCAUCGUCCCUCGAUCGAUCGAUCCCAGACACAAACCAGCCAUGCAGAGGGCCCCGGUGUCGUGAUGGAUGUCACUCGGGAACCGUCGCCGGAGCAGGAUCUCCAAGACCCCGAGCUGGUGCCGGCCCCCAUGCGCAGUCUAUACGAGGUGACCAAAUUACGGAACCUGAGGAAUAACCAUGUCGAAGCCCCGAAGCAGACCUUGUUAGAAGAGGAUUUCAUCUCGCGAGGGCUGAUCUCGCUCCACGAAGCCGACGAGCUGUUCGCGUACUUCAGUCGUACCAUGAACCAACUACUAUGGGGAGGUAUAAUUCUUGUACACCGCGAUUUAACAUCCGUCCGACGGGCUUCGACGCUGCUCUCUGCAGCGGUCCUUACCGUCGCGGCCCUCCAUAUCCCGAACCGCACCGAAACCUUGAACAGGUGCUACAGCGAGUAUGUAUCGCUGGUGUCGAGCAUGGCCCUGACGCGCGCCCACACUCUCGAUGACAUCCGUGGUCUCUGCGUGGGCGCUUUCUGGCUUUCUGAGCUGAGCUGGAAGCUCUCGGGCCAUGCCGUGCGUAUUGCGACCGAGAUGGGUCUUCAUCAGAGCUAUCAGCGCUUGACGCGCGGUCAUACGGAUCAGUAUGAGCGCGCUCAGCUCUGGUACUUACUAUACGUGUGCGACCAUCACUUCAGCAUCGCGUACGGUCGCCCGCCGGUCAUUCACGAGGACGUGGUGAUCCGUAACCACGAGACAUUUCUUGCGCUGCCAAUGGUGGUCCCCGGCGACAUUCGGCUCUUGGCGCAAGUCGCGCUGUUCAUGAUCCUGACCGAGGCCUACCGCAUGUUCGGCAGCGAUACCGAGCAGGCCUUGGCGGAAGAAGAUUUCGGACAGUUGCGCGCAUAUAAUGUCGCUGUAGACCAAUGGCGACUCCUCUGGCAGCCUCGAUCCGCCGAUAGUGCCUAUGUGCGAACGUAUCCGUCCAAAGGCGUAGUCUUGCAUUACCAUUUCGCCAAAUUUCAACUAAACUCCCUUUCCCUCCGUGCCCUCUCACCCUCCAAUACCCCAGUGUUCUCCAUGGACCGUAAAGAGUCCGCCAACAUCGCGAUUUCAUCCGCAAUGGCAUGUCUCAACAUGGUCCUAGAAGAACCCGACAUUCGCGACGCGAUCGUCGGCGUUCCCAUCUUCACUCACACAAUGGUUACUUUCUCCGCCGUUUUCUUGCUCAAGGUCGCGAUCAACUGGAACACGGCGUAUCUCAGCAUCAAUGCGCGUCAGGUACGCCGACUCGUAGAACGAGUCAUCGAACUAAUGAACUGUGUGUCCGCAGGCGAGCGCCACCUCACGCGACACAUCGCACGAGGUCUAGGCAAAAUGCUCGAGCGAUUCGACUCUUGGGAAUCCGCUUGGCAAUUCCGUGAGGUCGAAGGCCGCGAUGUCCCCGGGGGAGCCAAUGCCAUGGCACAAGGAUUCCCACCACCAGAUUUGAUUUAUGGAAUGGUCGGAACAUAUGGAUUUGGGCUGGAUGAGAACCUCCUCGACCCCAUGGCGGAUUUUGAGUUCUUGACGCAAUAG